CAUAUUAACGUGCGUCGCCAAUCUUUAAAUUGCCAGUUCGAUGAUUUGAGGCGGUCGCAGUGGUUGUUGCGCUUUGCAAUGACGAUAAAAUCAUUCAACCUGGUGGUAAAAACUCCCAAAUGGGGCAUUCGUCACCUGCAGGUGCUGUUCCUCUUCGCAUGCGCCACCUUGACCGUGGCCCAACGAUUCAACAUGAGCGUGGCCAUUGUGGCCUUCACAAAUGCCAACAGCAGCAACCCAAAUUAUCCAGAAUAUCGGCUGACGGAGCAGCAGAAGUCGUACACCAUUAGUAGCCCCUUUUGGGGCUCAUGCUGCACCCAAAUGAUGAGUGGCUAUCUCUCGAGUCGCUUUGGAGCCAAGAUGCUGCUGCUGGCCAUCAUGUUCCUGACCGCUCUACUCAGCAUCGCCACGCCCUUCGCCUUGGCCUGGGGCGGCUGGCAGCUGCUCUUCUGCGUCCGUUUCGUCCAGGGACUCGUCAUGGGAGGUAUGUGGCCCUGCCUGUACACCCAUCUGGCCAAGUGGUGCCCCAAGAAGGAGGCAAAUCGCUUGGGCGGCGUCAUGACGACGGGCUUGGAUUGCGGCACCAUAAUUGGAUUCGCUUUGAGUGGCGUUUUGUCUGCUUCGCCGCUUGGUUGGCCCAGCACCUUCUAUGUGCCAGGUUACUUGGGAAUUGUGUGGUGCCUUCUAUUUAUGCGUUACGGUGCCAACAGCCCUUCUGAGUGCAGAUUUAUUUCACUGGCGGAACGCAAACACAUUCAACUGGCAAUGGAGCAGACUCAGGUGAAUCGGGGAGAGACUCCUCCAGUGCCCUGGCUCAAAAUCCUCACCUCACGUCCCUUUAUCGUAUUGGCUUUCUGUAAGAUGAGUCAGGCAUGCAGCUUCUACACGCUGAUGCAACAGAUUCCGCGCUACAUCCAUGGCAUUUUCCACUACAGUAUUGCGGUUAAUGCCCUGCUCUCCGCUCUGCCCUUCGUCGUCAUGCUAAUGUCGUCCUACGGGUUUAUCUUCCUGGCUGAAUAUUUGACCCGAUGUCGGGACAUUUCGUUGCCCAUCCUGCGCAAGACCAUCAAUUCAUUUGCCACCUGGACUCCGGCCGUAGCCCUUGUUACUCUAUCCUACGUCAGCGAGAAGAAUGUUGUGGGCAGCAUGUGCUGUCUGGUCGCAGCAACAGCCGCCAUUUCCGGACAGGCUAUUGGUAGCUCCCUCAACCACGUGGACUUGUCGCCAAACUUUGCCGGACUGCUCUUUGGGAUUAGCAACACCUUGAUGUCUGCGGCUGGGGUGAUAUCACCCAUCAUUAUUGGACUGACGGUCACCAAUGAGUCGGAUCGCACGCAAUGGCGUAUUGUUUUCCUUGGCAUCUCUGCGGUUCUAUUCCUAGGCAACUUGUUCUAUGUGAUCUUCGGUCGGAUGACUGUCCAGUCAUGGAAUGAUCCCGUGUCCAAAGACACCGCAACUGAAGCAUCACAAAAAACAACAGCCACAAUUUCCACAGCAACCGAUGAACCGCUAUUUGUUGAAAAGUUUAACUAUUUGUAA